GUUGUUGUUGUUGUGUCGAGAGGUGAAAUGGGAGGAGGGGCCAUGUCGGAGGCGGCGGGUGAGGCGGCGUAUGGCGCGGACAUGCCCAAGAGCCCGCUUCAUCCGCAGCCAGAACCCAUCAUUGACGCCCACCCAGAUGAUGCCCACGAAGGUAGCGCUUCCUAUUCUGCACCGCGCUCAUCGUUUCCCGCGGCCGGCAGCAGUGUUGUGCAUGUGCCUGCCAUGAGCGCGAGCUCUGAGCCACCCAAGCAGAAGCGUGGCCGCCCGCGGAAGUACACCCCAGAUGGUACUAAGCCGCCAGCUAUCUUCCCAGCACCAUAUCCUAUUGGUGUUGUCGCUUCCCCGACACCUGCUCUACCCCCGGGCUUCACGUUGGGAUUGUGGGGCUUAGGUGUCGUGAGGCCCCAGGCGCCACCAGCACUGCCGUCGCCAUUACCGCCACCACCCUCUGAGAAUUCAAAACAACGGGCCAAGAAGAAGAGGGUAUGGCCGCCGCACUCCACAACUAGCAAGAAGCAGCGGGAGUUGGCAGUACCAGAGCCAGGUGCGACUGGAUUCGUUCCUCAGGUCAUCACAAUCCAAGGUGGAGAGGAUGUAGCAGCCAAAGUCAUGUCCUAUUGUGGGAAUGGGUGGGCAGUUUUUAUCCUGUCUGCCGAGGGCGCCGUGCGCAAUGUGACACUGAAGCAACCAGCUUCUUCCCCUGGAACUGUUAUUUAUGAGGGUUAUUUUGACAUUGUCUCUUUGUCUGGCGUGUAUCUGCUGUCAAAAAGUAAUGGAGUGAGCACUCUAAAAGGUGGAUUCAGUAUUUCGCUUGUUGGUCAUGAUGGCUCUCUCUUCGGCGGUGGGUUAGCAGGACCUCUGAUUGCAGCUUCACCAGUUCAGGUGGUCUUUGGAAGGUUUGCAGCUGAUGAAAAAGAGGAGAUCAAACAGGAUGUGGCCAUUGGAAGGUUUGCAGCUGAUGGAAAAGAGGAGAUCAAACAGGAUGUGGCCAGUGGAAGUUUUACAGCUGAUGAAGAAGAGGAGAUCAAACAGGAUGUGGUCAGUGGAACUCCAGAUGCUACUACACCGACUGCCGCUCCGAAUGAAUCCUCUAUUGGUUCAGGAAGCCCAUCAAACUAGAGCCCGGCUUGCACAUUCAACACCAGCUUCCUAUUUCCAGAUGAGAGUCAGAUUAAAUACCUAGCUUCUCGCUCCUAGCUUCAAAUGCUUAUUUUUCUCUACUAUUUCCGAACGCUUAGCUUUCUGCUCGUACUUGUUGAACUUUUCAGUCUCGUUAUAUGUGAUGUAUGGCCCCUGGAUGUGGUCAAGUUAUUUUG